GCUACAACAGCAAAAGGUAUAACAUAGAAAGAGCCCUAGUGGGCCCUUCUUCUUGGGCCCUGCCUUUGCUAAAAGGCUGUGGUCUGGGUCAAUCUGGUUUCCAUCUCUGUAGGCUAGUUUGUUCCUUCUGCGGCCCUGCUGGAAAUACCUUAGGUGAUACCGCUCGGUCGCAUCCCCUUGUUGGACUCCGUUGUAAGCAUCACCACCCGCACAUAAACAUGCAAUACAUCAUCAGGAAAAUCUGCCAAUGCAAAACACCCUCCACCACAAGUCACAACAAAGACCCUUCCAAUAUCACCUCCAGAAAAAUCCAAACCAUGCAAACACUCAUCUGGGGCUAUCACAGCUGAAACUACUGCCUUUACCUCCUUUACUUUGUCUCCUAUCGCCUUACAGCUCUUCGAGAGCAAGAAAUGGAUGAAGACAAGCGACACUUCUCUCUUUGCCUUCUCUACUCUCACCUAUUAUUUAGCCAAAUUCCGCUCUCCACUCCUUUCGAAGCUAUUAGUCCAGGUGACUAUGGGCAAAACUAUCACUGCUGUAUCCAUCUUCCACCUCCCGUUUGGAUCUCCCAGCAAAACCUGGAUGAUCUUCUAGCCCAACCUCCUUCUCGACUUCAGUGGGGGCCACCCUUUUAAAUGCUAGCUCACAUAGGUUAGCAGACCGUACAGCAGAGCUGUGUUUUGCUGUGGACUUGUUAGUUGUCAACCCUACUGUACUGCUGGACUUUAUUUGGAGAACUCGUAAUGACUUGUGGCAGUGAUCAUUUUCCUACCACAGAAUGUCACAGUCAUUUACCAAAGGUGGAACUUGUUAAAGGCAGACUGGCCAACUUUUCAGGCCCUCUGCACCGCCUGACUCUAGGUUAUAGUUUUAACCUAGUAAUGGUGCAGCCAAGUCCCACACAGAGGAUCACCCAUGAGACAUUUUACCCCAGUAUUUAAUGACAUUGCUUUGGCUACCUUACUGCAAAUGGAGACCAGAUCCAACCAGUUAUGGAAAACUUCGAGUUCCAUGGUUCUCAUGUGAAUGCCGAACAGCUCAACGAGUGCAAAAGAAGGCCCAAUACCUAGCCUUCCCAUUACAGAGAAUAUUAUUUCAUUUGGGUGACAACAUAGCCCAUAACUUUUCUUCAGCACAAUAGGUAUCCUGUGCUUGUCUCUGAUGACUCUUCCAUUUUCUUGGUGGAGCUUCAUGCUGUCUUGCUUAUUUUGCUUCAUGCUUACCAGUAUCCAAAGCAGAACUUCCAACUCACUUUUGGCUCAUUAUCUGCCCUCCAAGUUCUUCUUCUUUAUCAGUCUGGUAAUUCUCUGUGGACCAUUUCCAUACUAUUCAUUUGAUUCUUCUUCAUUAUAAGGACACUGUCUGGGUUCCCGGUCAUGGUGGCAUCCCAGGAAAUGUUCGACCAGACAAGGCCAGGCAGCCUGCCAAUCACCUGGUUCUGGAUGGUAGCUAAGUCUCGCCUUUUGACCUAGUGCCAAUGGGACAUUCUGGGCUAGAAUAAAUAUCAUGCCAUCUUUCCCUGUCUUUUUGCCCACUCUCUUCCUCGCUGUUCUGUUUGGCAAGAGGAAGUUGUCCUUUUCAGACAACAUAGGACACCACAUAUGCCAUACAUUUCCACAUCAGUCUGUUCAUGGACGUAAAUAGGUGGCCUCCUGCGAAGUUCUCCACUGUUAGUCUCGGCGAGCCUGAACAAAGAAUGUGUCUAAACCAGGAAGCUUUGUACACAACUGCCUCAUUUUAGUAGUUAACUGGGAAAACAAUCGUCUACCAGCAGUCCAGUAAUACAAGUUCAUGGUUUGUUCAUGGCGUCUGGGAGACUUUACUGUUUUAUUUUCCCGGCAUCCGGCAUGUUUACCAGCAGUGUUUUACAGCUGGCUCAUUGUAUAAUUUAUUCACAGCUAUUAUUAUUAAAGAUGGUAAAGCUUUAAAAUCACUUUUAAAGUUUUAGUUUGAUUCACAACUUCCGUUGCAUUUUUUUCUUGUAUGUAUUCAGCUGUAUACUUGUUAGAGAGGAAGCCACUACAACUGCCCUGGUGAGUCGCUACAAAAACUUUUACAACAGCUAAGGUCUAGAAGGCAAUCUUCCUCUCAGCCAGACCGACCAGGCACUAGUCACUAACAACAUCAACAUAAUGACAGAAAAAAACCCAUCCCAGGAUUUUUCUGCAGUGGAUCUAAGGGAUUGCAGGAAAUGAGAGACUAGACUAGCUGGCAAAGAAAGGCAGGGUAAGGAGUAUCCAUGUUAUUUGCCAUACAAGGAAGCAAGUAUUAAACAGUAAUUGCAGACAAAAUUAAGGAAGCAGUUCUACACCAAAAAUGGCGGCAGUUCACAUUUCCUCCAAGCCAUGAACAUGAUCCUCUGCUUAAGGACCGGACACAGCAAUCUCGAGAGGCAUAAAAGAGAAACGGACCAUGCACUCUACAAUACUUUCUGCAGUCCUGUCCGCUCUACCCCUAAGAACAAAUCUGGCUCCCAAAUACUUCCUCAGAUGUCGGGUUCUGGGAUGAUGGGAUCAGCCGCCGCAAAGUCUGCUGCCCACACAAAACAAUGGAUAUAACUUGCAUUCAUUCGAACGCGGAAAAAGAAGGAUCCGUGUUGUAAUUAACGAGCUGUGAUUAGGGAAAUCACGGACGUGGUGAAUUACACAUUAUCUCCCUUGGAGAGGGAGCCGAACGUGAUCUUCGAUGAACAAGAUUUCCAAUAUGGCAGACAACAGACUGCCUCAUAUGGUGGGACAAGGAGGUGUACAUCAAGCGCCAGGUUUUAGCCACCUUCAGGGAGGUAUAGGAGUUGGAAUGGUAGUAAACCCUGUUUUUGGAGGUCCAGGGGCACAGUCAGUUAGUGGGCAGCAGCCACACCUUGGAUUUUUUCCAGGGAUGGCCGCUCCAAUGAUGAGAGUAUCUCCUGUGGUACCAGCUAUGUUUCCUGUGCAGCAAAUGAGACCUCCAGCAGGUCCACCUCCACCUUACACUCCACAGCUUGCAGCCACCUACCAAGCCAAAGCCAGGUCACCGACAAGCUUACAGUCGCCCAGAGGGCCAAUGAAACUGAAGACAGAAAAAGAACGUUACUUUGAACAACAGCAACAGAGGUUGCGACAAUUUGGUAAACCAGGAGCCCCGGUUGCAGAUGCUAACAAGCUGAUAGAGAAUAUGUUUGGGAAAACAGAAAAAUCUCAUCCUGGUCAUCACAGUGGUACUGGCCACAUCGUUGAGGGUUCAAAUGUCCCUCAGUCAGCAGGUGUACCAGCACCUAUUACAGAAGAUGAAGAUGAUGGGUUUGGAGACUUUCUUGGUGGACCAUCAACAUCUGCCCAGCUACCCAACACCACACUUGAUACUAGUUUGCAGUAUAAACCUGCACCAAGUUCACAUUCCUCAUUUUCUGCUGGCAGUCCUGUAAAUAAUGCAGCAGCUCCAGGAGCAGAUCACAAAUAUUUACCAAGAGAAACUGUAGAGAGAAAAGACCUCAUGUCAAUGAUGAUGCAAUGCUCAGACCUCAAAGCCCCUCAGAAAGCAAAAGGCUUCCACAAACCUUCAUUGAUAGAGGUGCAAAGAACAGGAAGUGAUCAUGGUGGACGAGCACCUGUGUUUCAUGAAAGUGAUCAUGCACGAAGAUGGACAAGCACUGAAGAUCUUGAAGGCCUAUUUGUGGUCCAGUCACGUUCCAAAACAGUGCCAGUUACAGUAUCAAACCACGCACCUGAAGUGCCACUGCCACCAUCUCCUUCCUCCGCCACAGUCCCUUCCUCUGCACAUCUUGGUUCUCAUGCAGGAGUUGCACUUCAUGAUGUGGAAGCGGCUUAUCCCCCCUCUGCUGGUCUACCCCAAUCUUUCACUACUUCCCUGCCUUCUGCCUCUCACCACCACCCCACUAUUGCAACUCAAGCUCAGCCCUUCUCUGCAGACCACUAUCAGACAAAAGGGACUGGUCUCAAGAGCAGCAGAGCACUGCCUGAAUGGUGCUGCGACUCAGGACAGAAUUUACCUGUUGUGUACAGACAAGUCCUCGAAGCCUGUUCAGAGGGAGAGGAAAUAAUCACUGCACGCCUGUACCCAAUUCUUCUUUUGAGUCAGUUACCACGGGAACAGCUUGGACAGCUAUGGAACCUGGUCAAUACCCAAACACCAGGGCAGCUGAUCCGUUCAGAGCUCUGGAUGUUGCUGGCUCUUAUAGCCCUUGUGCAGAACCAGUUUGCUGUGACAUCCCUUGACAUCCUGAAACGUUGCCCCCAGGCUCCGGUGCCCUUCUUGGCUCAACCUUCAGUACAUGCGUCAAACAUGGCUGAUAACUCCACUUCUGCUGCUAGUGCUCCUCCCAUCUCACCAGGCACCAGGGUCCAAGAAAUGAUUGACAAACCCGAGCAUGUUCCACAAAGUCAUGCCAGCUAUGGCAGUUACCCAAGUCAAACACACAUUCCUCAUCCUGUGCAAACCACAGUCACAACUGGAUCUCCUGCUGUGCUUCCUGUACAAACAGAGCCGCAAGAAACAGAGGAUGACUUUGCAGAUUUUCAGGCAGCACCAUCCAAUUCGCCACAGUUAACAGUAGCCACAGUCUCAAGCACUUCACCUUCAAAAAACUGUGUUAAUUUCACCAUUGGAAGCAAAGCUGUCAAAACAGAUCACAGCUUACCAAGUGCUCCUGCUGCAGCUGCUGAAAGGCUGGAGACUUUGUACAUGGAGAAACAGUAUGUUCACAAACAGCAGCUUGAGAGUAUUUCCACAGAGGACAAGUAUGCUUCCAAUGUACGCAGUUUCUUCUGCAGCAGUGAUUCUUCCACAGUGGGUUUUCAUUCUACUUUGAAGAUACCACGUCAUACCACACCAAACAGCUUAGAUGAAGAUGACUUUACAGAUGGCCACGACAGUCUCAGUCAGGUCAGUACAUCAGAACAAUCAGAGAAUGAGGAUAUACGAGCCUUCGAAAACUAUGUAGAAGAGAUAAGUCGCAAACGUGAAGUUCAGACUCCACACAGCGCUCUGCAGUGCCCAUUUCCAAAAAAGUCAACUGGUAUGUGUAAUGCUGGGGACAUUGGAAGUUCUACCUCUGCAGGCAUUAUAACGACAAGAGGUCAGGAAGUCAUGGCAUCAAAGCAGGAAAUGAAGGCUACAAGAAAUGCUGUACCGCCUGUAAUCCCCACUUUGCCACCCAUGAUGAAUCGUGCUGGCCCACCUACAGGAUCGUUUCCACAAGCUAUGACCAGUGAUGAUGAUUUCACUGAUUUUAAAUCAGCUGGAAGUCCCACUUCAAAGAAAGGUGAAUUUAUGCAACUUGCAUCAGCUUCAUCUCCAGAAGAAGUGCCACCAGGAUCAGUUGGGGAUAUGCCUCUUAUUGGUGAGGAAGAUAAAUAUGGAGCUCUUAGGGGGUUGACUUCUAAUCAGCCUUCUCUUUUUGAACAGAGAGGUGAUCAGAAUAACUCUUCUGUUUUCUUGAAGCCUGGCGUUCAUUCAGAGCAGGUGGAGGAAGAGGAGUGGGCAGACUUCUCUAGUCCUGCUGCACCCAGUUCUGGUGUUGCUGGUUCUACUUCAUCAGGAUCUGGUGAGAAAGCAUUUGCUGGGGCAGGACUUCCUUUAAAAGAUGCUGAAGAAGAUGGCUGGGCUAAUUUUGAAAUGGCUGAGGAAAAUUCACCAACAUGUGAAAGAGAAAAAAGUGGUUUUAUGUCCGUGCAGUUUGAAACAGGCUAUUUUACAUCAUCACUUCGAGGAGACAGUUCUUUGCCAGGAUUACAGUCCCCUUCUCCCAUCCGUCAAAAACAUGCAGCUGAUAGGACCCUUCCUGUAGCAUCUAUUCGUGGCAACAGUUCAGCACCAGUUCUGCACAAAAACAUGGAGGAUGACUGGGCAGACUUUGCUACUGCAGUGCCAGGGAGCCCUGCACAAAAUGUGUCUCAUACUCCAAUCACAGAUGGAAUUGAGAGUUUACAAUCGGCAUGUACUAAGGAGGGCUCUUCGGUGUCAAGUGAAGGACACACUAGUGAGACUUAUGUGGGCAAAGACCAGUCAGCUGUUGUAACUAUCAAGAAGAAAAACCUGGAGACAAGAGAGAUCCUAGGUCUUUUCAAGGUGCGCAGUGACCCUGCUACGCUGUCCAGUUAUGAGCUUUCCAGGCAUGUUUCAGAACAUGUCUAUCCGGAAGAAAAGGCCCACCAUGCUGAUUCUGUCCAUCAUCAGCGAAGCAGAAGUGGAAGCAAAGACCGACGAGCUUCCUCAGAUGGGGAUGAUGCAGGGCCACCACCUCUAGACAGCAUCGAAGACUAUGAUGAUGAGCAUGAAUAUGGCAUUUCUCGUGGAUAUGACCUUGACGACAUGAUGCACCAGCCGGUUCCCACAACUGUGUACAGUCCCUUUGGUUUUGGAGCAGCCAGCAGCAGAUACACAUCUUCUGUCAUAUCAAAGACCACCAGGGCAUCCAAAGGAACUCAAGAGACUCGGUGCCACAGCUUAUCUCCUGACUCAGGGGAGUCAGACAGCCUGUCUCACAGGAUCUCAUCUCUCAAGGAAGAUUCCCAGUCCAUCUCAAGUCUGGAACUACCUGCCACUCGGAUACCUGCUGAUGCACACCGUGAUUCUGACAAUGGUGGUACAGACAGUCAGUCUGUUUCCAGCAUGGAGUUUGGUGCUGUUGAACGCUCUGGACGAGGAGAUAUUGCUGCAGAGUCAAAAUCACUUGAUAGCUUGGAUCUUUGCAGUGAUCAUAUGGAGCCAGAGGAUAUUGAAGAUGAUGCAAGAAAUGGAAGGACCAGCACAGGCCCAGGCAUAUCAGGUAUGUUUGGUCAAGUACCAAUACUUGGUGACCGUUACAACAUCGACGGACAGGCAGAGGGUAGCGAUCGCUAUGCCUUUGAGUGGGAGCGGUGUUUGUCAAGCUGUUCUCGCUUGAUCCAUGAUGCCAACAACAUCCUUAAUACCAUUAGCAGUUCAGCCAUUUGCAAUGAGGUAUUACGUUCACCACAGGGCACUGACUACAUUAUAGGUGUGAUUGAAAUUUACCGUGUGGUGUGCAGAGUAAUAGCAGCACUAUCAACUACAGCUAUCAAUUCACCAACUAUAGAACGGAGCUUGAAGGAUAUUGACUUGGCCUGGAAUAACUUAACAGCAUUCCUGGUUGGUGCUUCACUCCUGCCUGACGAAACUUCUCUUAACUUUGCUUAUGCUGUGCUUAAGAGCGAUGGUCCAGCUGCUCAACAGAAAGCUUGUGGUGUUUGUCUUCUGGAUGUUGAUCAACAAGGGCCAAACAGCAAUGGUGACAUAAUGGCUAAGUUGUCCUAUGGGGGACGCCAGUACCAUGCACCGUGUGCAAACUUUUGGGUCAACUGUGUAGACUCUAUGCUGCCAGCUCUCCGCUUGCCUGAUCUGUUGUGAGGCUGUGAUUGACAGGCUUUGUGAUUCACAAAUCUUUAUGCUUCAGAGGAAUAAAAAGUAAAUGUUUAUUUUCUCCUCUCUCCUCCAGUUUACCACCCCCAAAAUUUGCACACAUAAUUUGUUCUUGUAUUCUGUAAUUACACACAGAAUUUGUUCUUGUAUUCUGUAAUUACGCACACAGUUUGUUCUUGUAUUCUGUAAUUUUACUUUUUUUCAUUCCUAUAGCCUCCUUUCCUCUGUGUCCAUUUUUUAACAUAAAAAGAUUUUAAUUGUGAAAGCUCGUCUCUUUCAUGGGGUGUUGUGGGAUUUUUUUCUUGUUUUAUUUUUUGUUUCUCUUAUAAAUAUGUAAAUAAGUUGGAAGAUGAAUGCCAGAGAAAAUGCUUUUGUUUGGGUUGUGUUCACAUGUCCUUCAGUUGAUGUAACAGUCAUAGAUAUAAUAUGUGCAUCUUGUGAUGCUAAUAAAUUGAUGACAUCACUCUGAAUGAUGACAGAAAUGUCAGACCACAUGGAUGGCUUUCUACUAGGUUUUGGUAUUAUUGGUGCCUGUAAACAGUGCCUCCUUAAUUUUGUGAUCUUCGUUUCGUUUGUUCUGUUUAUAUUUCCACAGCUGUGCUCAUGCAAGUGUCUUUCAUAGAACAUUUAAAAUGAACUGGUAUGUAUGAAAUCUAAUGUUUUCUCACAAUCAUUCCACUAGGAUAACCUUCCAAACUUGAUUAAUGGUAGGUUUUGUAUAUAUUUACAUCCUGUAAAUAAUAAUAAUGAAGUUAAUUUAUAUAGAGAUAAUCCCACCAUCAGAGGCUAGCUCAAAGAACUUGUAAGUGUAAACACAGAAUAGUAAUAAUAACAACACAUACUUGGAUGCAUGCAACAUAAUCAGAUCCCAUGUGAGUUUCUUAGGCUGCAUACUGCUUUGGUAAAACUAGAUCAUUUGAAGAAAAAACUCUUUACUAGAGAAAAUAAUAACCAAUGACAUAAAACAUUUAGUAGGAAUUGUUGGAAAUGUCUAUGCUUACAGUCAUUAUAAUUACUGAGAAAAACUUAAAGACUGAUUGUAUCACACAAAAUCAGUAGAAGUGUUUUUGGUGUGAUAGUCCCAUAAAAUGCAUUCAGUUUGAAGUAUUUUGUUUACUUGGUACAAGUCUUUUAGCUUGAGGUCUUACAUCUGUACAUUAUUUUAUGCAAAAGAGUAGUGCAUUGACAAUAAUCAGGAAAAUGCAACAGAUAAGUAGUGGUCAGGAAAGCAAAUCUGAAACAGAUACAUGAAAAACCUGGAAAAGGCAAUAAGCUCACAUAAUAAUGAGAAAAACCUGUAUAGGAUGUACAACACUAACAAGAGACAAUUUGAUGCAUACAUAAUAACGUGGAAAAUGCGGCAUGUACAUAAGUAUUAUUAAACUUGUGUGAGUUUCAUUGUCAUAUAAAAGUCAUAGAUAAUGUAUUUUCAUUUAUAUUUUUCUUCUGAAUUAUUUCAGAGUAAAGGCACAUCAUAAUUCUAAUUACUAAUUAUUCAAGAUGUGUGAUGGACUGCAUUUGUGUAUACUGAUGAGAGGGGUGUCAGUAUUUGUUGUAUAUACAUAAGAGGUUGUUUUAUUUCAAGUUCAUUUGUGUACAUGAUUAAAAUAUAAAGUGCAUAUUUAUUUUUGAGAGCAAGAACAUAAUGUGCAUGCACAUAGUCAUAUAAAGGUGUGUGUUUGUGCACCCGCUUGAGCUUUGUAAUGGAGAAAGGAAAGGCUCAUGUGUGAGCAUGCAUGUGAGUGUGCUGUUAAUUGGAAGCAAAAUUUGAAAAAAACACGGUGUCCUAAGAGCUAAAACUAUCAUCACAAAAUGUUAUUGAUAUAUUGAAGAAUAUUUUAUUAAAUUUCGCACGUCUCUAUUAAAUACAAAGUGUCAUGGACCAGCUACAAGUUUACUUUUGGAGUGAUUCAUUUUUUGGUUCGGGGAGGGGGGCAUUAAUUAUUGGUAAGAUUGACUGGUUGAACGCAAACUGUUCAACAUCAAUUUCUGCUAAUAUUAUGAUCUCAAAGUUUGGCCUUGUGUGUGGUAUUAUAUAAACUGGCAAACUACUUGACCAAUAUUUAUAUCCAUAACUGUAAUUAUAUUUUGGAUAAAAUGUUAAUUGCCUGCAAUUUCUUGUUCCUGUUUUAUUUCUUUGAGGAAGUCUUGGGUGUUUGUUGAUUUUUUAAGUUAAGAAUGAAGUAAAAGACAGGUGAACAUUGAAUUUUGCUUCUGUAGUCAAGUGUCAAUAGUCUGGUGAAACACAACUUCUGGUUCAAGAAAACUCACAUUUGAAAGAAUAGUUAGACAUGAAAUAUUUUGAAAAUUGAGAAUUUACUUGAGAUCACUUCUAUUUUUAGCAUUUUUGUACAGGCAGUUUGAGUGAUUGACCCAGGCAUUCCAUAAUCAUUGAAUUUUGUGUGAUGUUAUGUCUUCUUGUCACUACAUCCAGUUUAAUACCCCAAACUUACUUGUAUCUAAGAGCUUAUGUUGAGCUUUUUGGCAUUAUUGUGCAGUCAGAUGUGUCUGUGUAAAGACCAAGAAUUAUCACAAUCUUUUUUAUGAGUUUGACAUUUCUUUUUGUUUUUGUAAGGUUUAUAAAUAGUAUCAGAGAAGGGGAUUGGAUGGAAUGCUUGGAGACAACAGGAUGGAGGGCAAAGACGAUAAGGCUUGAUCUAAUUAUUUGUUUAUGCAAUGAUGUAUUCUGGCCAUAUACAAAAUCAAGCUUGGAUACUUUAUAGUUUUGAUUGAGUUUUCUGGAUUGUCUAGUAUCAGAGAAUGGUUAACUGUCUGUUUAGUUAUGAUCUUUUGUGCAUAGUGCAUUAAGCUCACCUCCACAAAGGAAUAUACAAGUUCUAUUAUUAUUAUGUCAGUGGAGGUGGUUUAUUACUUUGCCAUAUGAAAAAAGAAAGCAGAUGCAAGAGAGGUGUGAAAAGAUCAUGUUUGAUGGUGAUCUAUGUGGUACAUUUACAGACAAUAAAAGCCUGAAGCUGAAUCAUCUCUCAGCAUUGUCCAUCUGUUUCAAGUCUUUGCUCUUAUCUCCUAGUCAUUUUUUCUGACAUGAUGUUUUACAAAUUUUGAAGUUACCUAAUUUAGAUUGUGAGAGAAUACACAAGGGCACAUUAAUUUUCCUUUUUGUUCUCUGCAUGAUGAUUUGCUUAUUUGCACUUCAGGUUAUUUGUUGAUUUAUUUGUGUCCUGUUUCAGUGGACAAGAUGAUGCCACAUAACAAUAUGGCAUCAAGUGUGAUGAUGCACAUCUCUUCAUUUUUAUGCAUGCCUUUAAUAAGUGGCUUAAAAUCUUGAAUUUUCUCUGAAUGCACAGAUGCAAAUGAACAAAAGGGUUCUCUUUCACAUCAAUAGUGGCUGAUUACCCCUUAGUCUUGCUCUGAAGAAGACGGAUUUCAGUGUACUUCCAUCACUGGGAGAAGGUCUUAAUUUGCAAAGCAUUGAAGAUAUUAGUCCCACCAGCUGAAUAGUCGUGUAUUAAGAAAAUCUUUGUAGUUUACCUUGGGUCAGGUCACUCCAAAAAAUAUGGUGACCUCAUCUUCACAGGAAGUUGGUAAUGAGAGUCCAAGGGCAUGACAGAAGUAAAGCUACCCAUGUGUUACUUAUUAAUUUCACAAAUGUUGAAAAAAAUGUUAUUCAGAACUUUGAUCCAUUUCAAAUCAACAACAGUGACAAAAAAUAUUUCUUGCACCAUUUUUUAAAGCAACACUAUACACACCACAUAUAUAUUAAAGAAACAAUUAUUUGCAUAUAUUUUUGUUUCUGACAUGAUAACUGUACUAGAAUGAAAGGUGAUGGAUUUGGGGACAGUACACUGGCCAUUGGUAUGCUAUACAAAAGUCUAUAGUAUGAAGAUUAAAUGAUAACCCAUUUUCCUCUUUGGAAUUGGGUUUUGUACAUUUUAAAGCAAUAUUUAUUUUGCUUCUGUUCAGCAAUAUUGUUCAGCAAUAAACACGGAUGACAAAUAGCCAUCGUUCAAGAAUUUGUAAUAGUCACAUUAUCACAUGGAAAUCCUAUAUAUGAAUUCCAGACCUGUAUAUGAAACAAUGUUGCGGACUGGUGACACAAUAUGUAAUAGAAGAAUUUUCUUAAAAUUGUAACUGGAUUAACUCAGUCACAAUGCACUGCAAUAGCAAUUUCAGAAGGGCACACCUUUUGCUGCCAGUCAACAGCUUGGCUUACCUAAAAAAUUUGUUAUAUUAACAUGAAAACUAUUGAUUGCUUAUGGGAAAGAAUUGUUAUAUUCAGAAGGGAAUCAGUUCUUUACAUUUAUAUACUUAAAAAAAAUUGUAUGGUUUAAUGACUGAUUUACAAUACUAAAACAAGAUCAUAAAGGUUAUCAUGUUGACUCUAUAUAAUAGAAUGUGAUGCAGUUAGUAAAAGCCAUGAUAUUUAAAGUUUAUCUUCUAUCUUGCUGAUGUAUGAUUUUGUUAAUGAAGAUAAGCGAACUCCUAACUCAUUACCUUGCCAACCUCACCAUGUACCAGAUGUUGUGGUAAAAUGGAUUUCUCCUACAGGUACUCUUAUGUUAUGGAUCAUAUUCCCUGUACCUCCCCACCCUCCCCUCUGGCUCAAUAUUUGUGUUGAAUGGAUGGUGAUGAGAAAACAAGUGGGGACUGUGUUUACUUCUCUACCCUUCUGAUACUGGCACUGCAUACCUUGCCAUCUUCAAAGGAACAUGCUCACUUCUGUGAUCCAGAAAAAGUUGAGAGCUUUGGGAUCUUGAACAUAUUGAAAUGGCAUACACCAAUUUUUGUAGAUCUUGCUUGAUUAGUCAAUUUUGAUACAGGACGUUAAACCGGUUUUGCUGAGAUAUAUUCUUUCUGGGCACCCAGAGAAAAGGACAAUCAUUACAUAGGUGUUGUAAAUUAAAACAUAAAUGUAGAAUUUCAUGACAGAAUUAAGUACAUUCAAGGCGCCAUUACAUACUGCUGCUGUCAUUUGCAAUUUAUAUUUGGGCUCCAUUUGAGGAGCUGCACCAGUGUAUCUCCACUUCAGGACUGUACAAGCUGUCUUGCAGGGACAUUAAUGGCAGGUGACCAGAUCUUUCCUUGUAAGUAUUGAGGAUCUUGUUAUCCUGAAUGAACACGAGUCUCUCCAUUUUCCAGCGAGCCAACAGUAGUAGUAGUAAAAUAGAGAUUAAAAGAUGGUGUUUCCUGUGCAAGAGUUAUGUGGCAACAUUUUAUUCUACCCUUGGGGGAAAAUGGGAAGAGGGCUUCCUUUGUGACAUUGUUCACCAUAGCAAUGAUAGGAUCAUUAUGGCAUUACUGUUGUCACAUGAUAGAAAGGUAUGCACAUUGGUAAAACUUGUAUUUGCUGAGGCGAAUGAAGUGACAAACCAAUGACCAAUUUCAUUUUGGGUACAAUUAAGAGGGUUAAUCAUUAAUAGAAAUGUGUUUCUUAGAUUUGUACUAUCUUUUCUCACAAUAGAUUUAUCCACAAUAGAUUUAUUUGUGUUGAUGUUGGAAAAAAUUGUUUCAACUGUGUUUUAUGAUGUGGGGGUUAUGUGAAGAGUUGAUUAGUACACUUAAGAUAAUGAUUGUGACAGUCAAAAUCUACUUCUGUAUGCAUGAAAUCACUGAUGAUUUGAAAUGUGAUAGGUACUCUGAUGUCUGUUAAGAAAAUCACAGCUGUUCACUCUUGUAAUGUGAAGGUGAAAAAGGGUAUGCUGUUAUUUGAAGGUACACAAUGUUCCCUUGUAUCCUUAAAAUCAGUGCUGAUGUGAAAGUUUACUUGAUGAUAAAAACAUUUUUUCUGGGUUUGGUUGCAAUUUUCAUAUCAUUGCAAGUGACGGUGAAAAAUUCCUUGUGUUUGGCACCAUCUUUAACUUAUAAUGUUAAAAGUAUGCACUCAGUUGGUGAAAGAUUAUUUUUCAUGCUUGCAGACGUUAUCAGUUAUUUUAGUGGUUAAGAUGACUUUAUCAGAUGUUUUAGAGGUUAAGAUGACUUUAUCAGAUGUUUUAGAGGUUAAGAUGGAAUUAUCAAUCUCCUGACAAAUUAUUGCCAGAACUUAGACCCUGAAAAGCUCCCAGAAAUAUCAGUAUGGUACUUGUUCGUCCAUUAAACAGGUUGUGACAAAGAGACUGCAGUUUACUUGUUAAGUUUUUAACAGGAAUAGUUUUUCUUUCAAUGAGAUGAACUUUGUGAAAAUUGACACAGAGAGAUAAGAAUCAGACAUCGGAUAGUGAAGGGUUGGGUAUGGCCUUGUCUUCCUAUUCAACAUAUACUUUCUAUUUCUUAUUUUUGGUUCCCAGGCAAAAAUUUUUCAAAGUUCUUUACAUUUAUAAAAGUUAGCAGAAAUACAGAGCUUUGAACUUUAAUAUUGCUUGUAUAAGAUAAAUUGCAUGUGGAAUAAUGUAUCCAGUAGAACUGAGAUUGGGAGUAUUAUGGUUAUGUGGCACAGAUUUUUAAAAUAAAUACAUAUACAAAAGUU